AUGAAACAAAUUGAAAGGGAGGCAGUUGAGAAAGAAAAACUUGUUCAAGUUCCUUUACCGACGGGAACUACAAGUUUGAGACCACCCUUGGAUGAUGGGAGCAAGAAACGGAAAGGAGGAGCAUUAGAAAAGGCAUGGAACAAUGAGGCUAGAGAUCAAUUGACUAGUGAAAUUGCUAGAUUCUUCUACUCAGCUGGUUUGCCCUUCAAUGUUGCUAGAAAUCCAUAUUUUGUGAAAAUGCUCAACUUUGCUGCAAACUAUACUAUAUCGGGCUUUGUUCCACCUGGAUACAAUUCUAUUAGGACUACAUUGUUGCAAAAAGAAAAGGCCAACAUAAUGAAACUACUUGAGCCGAUCAAAGAUACUUGGCUAGAGAAAGGGGUGAGCAUAGUGACCGAUGGAUGGACAGAUGUGCAGAGAAGACCUUUGAUAAAUUUUAUGGCAAUUUGUGAUUCAGGACCUAUGUUCUUGAAGUCUGUUGAUGGAUCUGGUGAAUUUAAGGACAAACAUUAUAUUGCACGGAAGAUUUUGGAGACCAUUCGUGAUGUUAGGCCACUAGAUGUGGUCCAAACUCCAUGUGUUGUUCACAUAUUGAACCUUGCACUCAAAAGUAUUUGUGCUCCAAAAAAUACUGAUGCUAAUCAAGUUGCCUACAAAGAGUGUAGCUGGAUAUUUGAAAUUGCUGAUGCUGCUCGUUUAAUUAAGAACUUCAUCAUGAAUCAUUCUAAGCGUCUAUUUAUGUUUAAUCAAUUUGUGCGCUUGAAGUUGCUUGCAGUUGCUGAUACUAGGUUUGCUUCAACCCUCAUCAUGCUUAAAAGGUUGAGAGAUUUUAAGCAUGGUUUGCUAUCUAUGGUUAUUGAUGAACAAUGGUCUAGCUACCAAGAGGAUGAUCCUGUAAGGGCUACAUUUGUGAAAGAAACAAUUCUAAAGGAUAGUUGGUGGAAGGAGGUUGAUUAUAUUCUAAGCUUUACUAAUCCCAUAUAUGACAUGCUUCGUGCUUGUGAUACCGAUGAAUCAACAUUUCAUUUGGUUUAUGAGAAAUGGGAUUGCAUGAUUGAGCAAGUGAAGGUUGCAAUAUUUCAGCAUGAGGGAAAGGGGCUAGAUGAGUAUUCGAGUUUUUGUGAAGUGGCCAUUGCGGAAGUUCCAAAUAGGGUACCACCACAUAAAGACAAUGAGAUAUGCAUUGGAAGAAUGCAAUGCGUAAGAAGAUACUUCCAAGAUGCAAGGGAAAGAAAUGAGGCAUUUCAAGAGUUUUACAACUUCUCAACUGGGGCUGAAGGUCUUGACCGAUUUGAUUGCUUACAAGAUAGAUGGGAUCUCAAGCCAAAGGUUUGGCGGAUCACAUAUGGUGCUGCACUCCCUAAGCUUCAAACCAUUGCCUUGAAACUUUUUUCUCAACCAUCAUCAUCUUCUUCUACUGAGAGAAAUUGGAGUACUUAUUCCUUCAUCCAUUCAUUGAAAAGGAAUAAACUCCAUUUUACAAGAGCUCAAGAUCUAGUUUUCAUACAUACAAAUCUUCGUCUUCUCUCAAGAAAAAGCCAAAGUUAUAAGGAAGGUGAGACAAAAAUGUGGGACAUUGGUGGAGAUGAAUGGGAUCUUGAAGGCUCUAGUAUUCUUGAAGGUGCUUCCCUUUCCCUUGAUGAGCCCGAGUUGCAGGCUGUUCUUUUCAUUGAAAAUGAGAAUGACACCGAUGGAGUUUGA